GUUUCUGGUUUGAUGCACCUAGUUGGAGUUUUGGUCCAAGAAACCUACCUGCCAAAGGUCCAUCUCCAGUUCCUUAACACGGUACGUCUUGACUCCGGUUCUCCCACUACCACCACCGCUACCCCACCCCGGGGUAGGCCCUGAUGUCGUCGGCGACCUGCAGGGCUGCUUCGGAGGGCACAAAGCAGGAUCCCAGCAUCUGUGGGAGCAGGGGAGUCAGAGCAUUUGUUGCUAGAAGUGGUGGUAUACACCUGAAAUCCCAACACUUGUGAGGCUGAGCCCCAGGAUGGAGUUCCUGAUCCUCUUCCUGUUUUACCUGGUCUUCAUACUGCUCUGUGUGGUUGUGAUCUGCAUUUGCUUUAAUACCCAUAGUUGGAAAGUCCUGAUCCUCGGAGGAGCACAGAUAUGUGCCUGUCUUGUUCCAGGACGCUUGCAGAGAGCUGUGCAGGGAGUUUAUAACUACCUCCUCCACACACGCAACCGCAUCUUCGUUGUCCUGCAUCUGAUCUUGCAAGUGUUGGUUUAUGCUGAAUAUUCCUGGGAGAUCUUUGGCUACUGCUACGACCAGGGGUUCACUGUAUGCUCUCUCGUUAUGCCCUACCUGUUGCUGACUGUGAAUCUGGGCUUCUUCUUCCUGACUUGUAUGGAAGACCCUGGUACCAUAACAAAAGCAAAUGAGUCAGUCCUUCUCCAAGCUUAUGAAUUUGAUGAAGUGAUGUUUUGGAGGAAUGCGAAGUGCCCUACCUGUGACUUAAGGAAACCAGCUCGGUCCAAGCACUGCCGUGUGUGUGACCGGUGUGUGCACCGCUUUGAUCAUCACUGCAUCUGGGUGAACAACUGCAUUGGGGCCUGGAACGCCAGGUACUUUCUCAUCUACCUUUCCACCCUGACUGCUUCAGCCGCCACCAUGGCCAUUGUGUGCGCUGCGUUCCUGGCCCACCUGGUGGUGGUGUUGGAUCUGUACCAGGAAACGUACAUUGAUGACUCUGGACACGUGCAGGCUUUUGACACAGUUUUUCUUAUUCAGUACCUUUUCCUGAGCUUCCCCAGGAUCGUCUUCCUGCUGGGCUUUGUUGUGGUGCUGAGUUUCCUCCUGGCAGGCUACCUGUGUUUCAUGCUGUACCUAGUUGCCACCAAUCAGACCACAAAUGAGUGGUGUAGAGGUGACUGGGCCUGCUCUCAGCACUGCCCCCUUGUGACCCGGCUGCCACCAGCAGAGGCCCAAGUCUACCAGAACAUUCACUCCCAUGGGCUUUGGAGCAAUCUCCGAGAAGUCUUUCUACCUGUCCUCCCCUGUUCCGAGAAAAAGACACAGUAGAACGGGAAGUGUUACUGCCUACUGAAUAUAGUAAACACUGAGUGUACAUACAGA